AUGUCGUUAGUUUGUAGAAAACUAUGUUCCUCUAUUUUAUUGGAACACUUUGGACAUAUUGUUCAAGCUGUAGGUGAAGAUUUAAUAAAAUAUGGUCCAAAACCAUUAGGUUUAAUUCGUCACUCAACCCAUCUUUCGUUAGCAAAGAUAAAAGAAGCAUUAUGUGUUUUAAUAAAAUAUGAUUUUGUUAUACCUCGACAAACUGAAAGGGGAAUAGAAUAUUCUUUAAUUUAUGAAAAAAUCAUAAUGGUACUUAGAUAUCCAAGAUAUAUGUUCUUUGCAAAAACAAUGUGUGGGGAUGAUGCAGAAAUGAUAUUGGAAGAAGUAUUAAAACACGGGUAUAUAACAGCUUCUGAAGUAAUUGCACUAACAUAUAAAAGAAUCCAACAGUCACCUUCUGAAUUAGAAGUAUCAGUUCCAGUACUGAAGGAUAAAUUUGAAUUGUUAGUUAAAAACCAAUUUCUGAUGCGUAGUUUAUAUUCAGAAACACCUGAAGAAACAGCUAAUGAGAAACGAGAUUACAACUUGCCAGAUCUUAAUAUAGCUGCAAUUAAUAAGCUAAUUGGAGGAGAACAAGUUGACUGUGGGGAUAGUAAAAUUUAUUGGAAAGUCAAUUUUGAUCGCUUUACUCAGGACCUUAGGGAUCAAAUUAUUAUAUCAGCUAUGCGCAAUAGACUGGAUGAGAAUGCAUCAGAGUUGAUGAGACAGUUACUGUUCCUUAUGUACUUGCGGACAGCUUCAUGGGCAGAUACAUCCAAUCCAAUACCUCUUGCAGAGAUAAAAGAAGCUGUCAGAAAGAUUGAUUAUCCAUUACUUACUCAACACCUUGACCAAUACUUACGUCUUAUUGAGGAAGACACUAGUCAGUUUUUAAAACGAGUUGGAGAUGCUGCAGGUGGCCAAUAUAGUGUUAACAUGAAGGAAGCAUUUAAUCAGUUAGCGUGGACUACAUUAGAGAAUAUUGUAAUGGAGAGAUUUGGUUCAAAAGCAGCUAGAAUUUUUAGGUUAGUGCGUGAUAGGAAAUACAUUGAGCAAGAACAAAUUCAGCAGUUAGCUAUGAUUCCAGCGAAGGAGGCUAAAUAUUUAACAUACACAUUAUUACAAGAGAAUUAUCUGCAAAUGCAGGAAAUAAAAAAAGCCGGUGUAUCGGCUGCACCAAUGAAAACGUUCUUCUUGUUCCAUAUUGACUUAAAUUUGGUUGUUCAUAUGGAGGUAGAACAUUGUUACCAUGCGCUGUAUAAUACUAUGCAAAGAAGAGAAUACGAGGUAACCAGUAAUAAGCGAAUGAUAGAUAAACAGUUACGAAUGCAGACACUCACGAGUAAUCUAAAAGAACACGGAGCUACCGAAGAACAAUUGGCGGAGAUCGCAGAAAUGAUGACACCAUCCGAAAAACAACAGUUGGAAAAAGUUCAAAGUACAAUCAAGAAACUGGGCGUGACUGAAUUGCAGAUAGACGAUACUUUGUUCCUAUUAACAAUGUAUUUACGUUACCAUUGA